CCCCCUCUCUGUGGCCUGUGACGUCUCCUCGCUACGUUUACGUACCGAGUGUCCGGCACGGCAGUUUGACUCGAGAUGUUGCUGCGAGUGCUUGUCUUGUUAAGCCUGCUGGCCUUGGCCUCGCAAGACGACGCGGAGUCUGAAAUCGUCUUCCCCUCAAGUGCGAGCGCCACCAAGUCCUCGAAGGUCCCCAAGCCGUCGGUGAGUGCGUCGAGCACGCCGGCCAGGACGUGCCCGCCUCUGCUGUCGUCCUUGCUGGACCUGGCUUGCCACGCUCCCGGCCGAGAGCGGCCGCAGCCCUGCGGACAGGCGCAGCCCCUCGGGACCGUGGCCUCCUUCGACUGCAAGCCUCUGUUCGAGCGCCGCAGCCUGCCCGACGGCGCGCGCUUCUCGCGCUGUGAGGCGGACGGCACGUGGAGCAGGCCUCUCUUCGCGUGCACCCCAGUGUGCGGUCGACCGACGGGCAAAGGUGUAGCCUUCGUCCGCAAUGGCCAGAACGUGUCUUCUGCCGUCGAGUUUCCCUGGCACGUGGUCGUGUACAACAAAACCGAAACGGCACCGGAGCAGAUCUGCGGCGGAUCCCUCGUCUCGCCGAAGUUCUUCGUGUCGGCUGCCCACUGCUUUGAAGAUGAAAAUGGCCAACUAAGACCGCCCACUGCUUUCGUCUCUGCCGUCGGAAAGCGGUUUCGUGAUUUGAAUGUGGUAGAAGGCACAGAGCAGCGCAUCGAGCUGAAACAGAUCAUCGUGAAAGACUACGGUGGAUUUAGGUUGCUAUAUGCCAACGACAUAGCCCUCGUGGAGCUACAAGGGGAAGUCACGAUCACAGCCACUGUCAUGCCCAUCUGCGUCGACUGGAAACGAGCCCGCCCCCCUCUGCGCGGCGGCGACGAAGGGAUCGUUGUAGGUUUUGGUGGCUCUGGCAACCUGGAGGCGCUGCAGUUCUCCAGGCUUCCGUUCAUCGACCUGGAGGUCUGCAAGGGGCAAGUGCCGGAUAGGCUUCUGGUCUACACGGCACUGAAGGACAAGUUCUGUGUUGGAGUCAGUAAUGGUUCCUCUGUCGGCAAAGGGGACAGUGGGGGCGGCCUGGCGUUCGCCACGCCGGACAGGCAGUGGUUCCUGGAAGGAAUCGUGUCGAUCGGAGACGCAAGGAGGGCCGCCGUCUCGCUGUUCACCAAAGUGUCUCUCUACGUGCCCUGGAUAUCUUCGGGCAUCCGUGACCAAGAACCAGUUGACAUCCAGGAAACGUGCGGCAAGCCGCCACCCGGCCCCAGCGAGCUCCUCCAGGACGGCGAUUCGGCCUUGGGAGACAGCCUGCCCUGGCAUGCAGCGGUGUACCACCGGGAACAGAACGUGACGAGGUUCGUCUGCGGAGGCUCCCUCAUCAGCAGAUGCUUGGUUCUCACAGCUGCGCAUUGUGUGCUGCUCAGUGGGCCCCUUCAGCCUCAAAAAGUCUCUGUGGCUCUUGGAAAAUACUUAAGCGAUUGGCAGUCGGAGGAUGGACCAAAUGUGAUGAAAACGGAUGUAAAAGCAGUCCACACGCAUCCUAGCUACAGCGGAGCAGGUGCACGGUAUUCUUUCGACAUAGCUGUGCUGGAGCUUGAGACGUGCGCAGAUAUAAGCGCCACAGUCUAUCCAGUCUGCUUAGAUGAUGGAUUCAAGCCGACCACGGGUAAAACUAUCAAGAUUGCGGGAUGGGGUGGCGGGAGAAAAGCACUGGCGGAGCUCGAGUCCGUACUUUUGAAGCAACUCGACCGACCUGACUGUCUCGCUUCAUUCAAUGCCACCGACAGGUAUCGGCUUUACGUUACUCCAGACAAGUUUUGCGCCAGGUCACGAGAAGGCUCGCAUCAUUCUGGCCUUGCCAAAGGCGACAGUGGCGGUGGCGCCCACGUCAAGCGGGAUGGAGUUUGGUACGUUGCUGGCAUUGUCUCGGUGGGGUUGGGUGAUCGUGACAAUUAUUUGUUUGGACUCGUGGAUGUUGCGCAAUACGUCCCAUGGGUAAAGCGCGUAACCAAACUGUAAGCAGUGGAAGGAGUCUCUCACUGCAGGCAGACUGCUGUUUUUUUUGUUGAAAAUCUUUCUCUCACUUGAUUAUGACUUAACAUCACGAAACCUUUCUAUUCGCUGUCGGAACAUGGCUGAAAGUACGUAAGCGAGGUGAGGGGACUCAUGUGCUGACAAGCGUGACAAGCUAAUUUAUGGCUGAUUCACAUUCAAACGAAUGUGACACAAUGCUCAUACGAACGUGACGUUUUGUCACAUUCGUUUGAAUGUGAUGUCACGUUCUUAGAAUGAGAGUGGUCUCAUGGGUGAAUUUACUACCAGACUCCGAGGCAUCUUGUGGAGGUUUUUUCCAAACAAGACAAGCAACUAGCCGUUACUAACCAUGACACCUUGAUGAUUUCAUUUUUCCUCAAUAAUCCUAGAAAGCGAUCAGACUGUCUAACUAAGUUAGGAGAUGUGCUUCUAGGACACCACUUUGUAGUCGAGAAUGUGUGCUCAAGAAAGAUGUAUCACAAUCAUCAAUUAAAUUUGUUCAAAAAUAAGACACAUGACAUCAAUGUAUUUAACACUAUAUUUGUGAGAAAAAGAGAAUAAGACUGCAGAUGUUACCUACUUUAAGACUGUACUCCUUCUUGUAAGGAUUUAAUAUUUUUCUUUAAAAUCUUUGCUCAUGUUUAUUAAUUCUUGCAUGAGGUUUCGAUUGUAGACGUGUAUGUAUCUUAUCUCACUGUACUUUGCCUAAGAAAGAAUAAAUUCUGAAUUCGAAAA